AUGUUAUCACUUCGACAACAUCGACUUCAAGCGGGUUUGAUAUCUCGAUCAUUAGUCAGAUCAAGGUUAUUAAUCUCAUCGAGAUUUAACUCGAGUAAAAGUGACAGCAACCAAUCACCACCAGAGGAUGAUAAAUCUAAAGAAAUUUCUAAAAAGAACGAUGCCGAAUCAGUCCAAUCAUUUAAAUUCAAACAAACUACAUCAAAAUCAGCACCUGCACCAUUAGAAAACACAGGUAUUGAACAACUUAUGAAAAAAGAUAAUAAACCAUAUAUUCCAAAACUUAAAUAUCAACGACUUAGUCAUGAAUUUUCCGAAUUACCAAAUUCUGAUAAAUAUACAAAUAUGAUUAAAAAACCCAAAACAAUAACUAGAUGGACAAGAUAUAUUCCAAAAUUAUUAACUGGUAUUGUUUUGAUUUGGUGUGGAUAUACUUAUUAUGUAUGGAUGAAUGAUGUUGAAGAAGGUGAAGAAAGUACAGAAUUAUUAAAUCCUGAUGAAUUUCAUAAAUUUAUAAUUACUCAUAAAGAAAAAAUUGAUAAUGAUCAUUAUUUAAUUGAAUUAGUACCAAAAUAUCAUCAUUGGCAAUAUAGUUUUAUGAAUAAUCCAGAUAUUAAAUCAUUAUGGAAUGGUAGUGAAAAAUUAUGGUCAGUUGAAAUAAAACAACCUGAUAUUAAUGUAGUUAGAAGUUAUACUCCAUUACCUUUAUAUUUCAUGAAGAGUGAAUAUACCAAAAAUAAUUUGAAAAAACCAUUAUUAAAAAUAAUUCAUCCAGAAACUGAAGAUUAUGAUAAAGAAGGUACUAUGUGUAUUUAUGUUAAAAGGUAUGAAAAUGGUGAAGUUUCAAGAUAUAUAACUGAUAAAAAAAUUGGAGAUGAAUUAGAAUUAAGAGGUCCAAAAAUUGAAUUUAAAUUACCUUAUCAUCCAUUAAAAAAUUUACAUAAACGUCCAAUAUUUAGAGAUUUACCUUCAAAAAUUGAACCUGAUAAUAUGAUUGAAACAAUUAAAAGAAUAAAUAAUUUACCUGAUGUUGAUAAUCUUGUAUUUUAUGCAGCAGGCACUGGUAUUGCACCAAUUUUACAACUUUUAUUAUCUAGAAACCCAUAUUUAGGUCAUGUUGAUAUUCAUUAUUCAGCAAGAUCAAAAGGAGAAUUAGGUGAAGGAUUACAAAGAUUUUUAUUCUUUUUGGAUAAAUUAGAUAGAAUUAAUAUUACUUAUCAUUUUGAUGAUGAAUCAAAAUCAAUCUUAUCUUUAAAAGAUAUUACCUCACCAUCUAAGCCAAAUUAUAUAACUCCUUUGGCGCUUGAAAAGAAAUCAAAAUAUUUAAAUGAUGAAGAGAUUAAAGAAUUACAAGAAAAAUUACAACAACAAAAGAAUGAUAAUAUGAAAUGGGAUAUUCCUGAUAAAUUAAUUCAAUCUGCUGAAGAUAGAGGUGAAUAUUUUGAAACUGCUUUAGACCAAGCUAUCAAGACUUCUAAGAUUCCAAAGAAACCAGCAAGUUUGGCAAUUGUUUGUGGUCCUGAAGGUUAUAUAGAUUAUGUUGCUGGUCCAAAAGAUUUGGUUAGAAAUGAACAAGGUAAAAUAGGUGGAUUGUUAGGUGAAAAGAAUUGGGAUAAUUCAAAUGUAUAUAAAUUAUAG